AUGGAACCAAACCCUCACGGGAAGAAGGAUCAUCCUUCUGAUCUAGCACCAUCAGCAGGACCAAACCUGGCGGAUUCUCAAGCAAUGAGCAGAAAGAGAAGCCACAAUCAAGCAAAUGCCGAACUGACAUCUGUCCCUGCGGACCAGUCCACGGCAGAUGCUGAAGUUGACAACCUUGGACAACCUGCGAAGAGGCUUAAAAGCAACCGACACUCCUCCUGGAUGUGGGCCGGUGACGAACCUCACCACGGCUGGUCCCCAUCCUAUGUCGCCAUGACAAAGUGCGACCUCUGCUCCCUAGCAAGCAGAGGUGUUGUCCACCAGUGUAACGUUUGCAAAUUAACUGUCUGCGGAAAAUGCGUCGGCGCGGGGGGACUGGAGGACGAUGAAGUCCACCACAUCAAACCUGGCUCCCUCAACUGGGAGGUCCCCAAGAAGACGAAGGUUACCGCCACUUCCUCAAGCUCCCUUCCCCCAAAGCCUCGUGGCGGACUCCCCCCAAAGCCUCGUGGUGGAGGAGCCCGAGGCAGGGGAGCUAAACGGUACGGGGGGCUCUCAAACAGGGCCCCAGCCAAGGAUUCCGUCUCUAGUGUUGGUGGUUUGACCGGAGCAUCAGAAAACCGACCAUCCGCAGAAACAACCGCCGGCCCAUGGGCAGCUUCACGAAAGGGUUAUGGAGGAGAGAAUAGCCACAACGGCGCUCAGGCUACUUCUUUCAGUCAGACCGAGCAACCACCCAGUGCUAACUUUACGUUUCGCUACCCACAUCCUCCGCCUCCGAUCCCACAUCAUGGAACUUCCCUCCGGCCAAAUGGACCUGCGGAAAGCUCCCAUGCUCGCGAUGGAAACAAGCAGAGCUCUCAUGCCCGUGACGGAAACCGGCGCCAAUAUACACCUAUUAAAAUAGAGUCGACAGAUAUAUCACACCCAAGAAGGGGGGCUGCAAGGCCAGUUCCCUCUCCACUUGACCUCGGGUACCUUAACAACAGCCGGAGUGCUCGCCGAGCAUCCAAUGCUCUGUCGGCUCCCAGAGAAUCCAACGAUCUGGCGGCUCCCAGAGCAUCCAACGAUCUGGCGGCUUCCAGAGCAUCCAAUGCUCUCACGGCUUAUUCUCUUGCAAACCAGAACAACACUUCGUUUGCAGAGUACCACCAGCCGAUUCAGGCCCCGUCCCGCAACCCUGGGGUCCAGUUGCCCCCUAUCGAUGAGUUAUUUAGGACUGUCCAGCGUCAGUCUCAGCCGGCCUCCGACCCUGCGCCAAAGCCCUACCUAGAUCCCAUCCGGCCCCAACGACCCCACGAGAAGCCGGGCUCACCCCGCCCCUCGGCCUGGGGUGAAGAGCUCGUGUACAGAGCUCUCGAAACCAGCAAAGCUCUCCCAAACUGGCCCCUUGAUGAGGAAGGGGACUUGCACCGGCAGACGCAGAGCGAGUCCGCGGCCUUCCAGGCGAUCCUUGCGGCGACCUACCACGCAAUUGCCACGCUUAACUUGAACCCGGUGAAGAACGCAGCGAGGCAGUGGCUGUGUGAGCAAGAGAUGAAGCUCAAGGAUAAUGGAGUGGACCCUUUUGGUCUUUGA